GCAAAUGGGCGGGAUCUUUGGUUCGUCUAGGUCACCUGUCUUAGGACUGUUAUUUCCGUUGUUACUAGUCACCAUAUCACAUUAACCACUUCAUUUCUUUACAAGUGAUCUAGAAAAUCUUGCGUAUUUUUGUCGACAUGCCUGCAUUGACUUUCUUAGGUAGGACGUGGUCUUUCGCGUCCGACGACUUUGUUUGUACUGGUAUUGUUAACUUUUUAUUGAGGAUCUUGUGCGUUUUCAUCAUGGUUAUGCCACUCACGGUAGCCAACGAUCCAACUGUUUGUCUUCCAAAUGUAAUAGACAAGAUUUUCUGUGUGCUUCUGUUUCUUAUAAUGGGAGCUUUACUGAUUUUUGACGCAGCACUAUCAUUUUCAAGCAGCAAGGGUGGAGUGAUGGAAACCAGUUUGCGUUCACCUGUCCCUUUUUACCUCGGGGCAGUUUGCAUAUUUUCCAUUGUAUCGUCAGUGCUGCAUUGUGUUAACUUGUAUUUAGUUGUUAGUAAAUACACAUUGUGUGAAAAACAGGUUGUUGAUUGCUAUAUAGCAGGGAACGCCAUUGCGGUAGCUCAUGUAAUUGGUUUCUACUUUUUUCUAAUGUUACACUAUCGUAAGGCUGGUGCCUUUUGGAGCCGAUUGACUAACGACCCUACUGUAUUCAAGCAGGGUUGUCUGAAUCCAAAUGUUAAUCUUUCCACGAAGCAGUUAGUGAUGCUUAAGCGAAGAAAGGCUGUUCAACGGAAGUUGGAAUGUUUACGGGCCUUUCGUCGCUUACCUUUUUGUAAAACUGAUCGGUCAACAAUGCAAACUGAUAAAACAAUAAUCACUUCCGCAGCGGCUUUGUUUUCAGACAUAUUUUACGAUGUAGACUUAGUCGCAAGUGAUAUAGUCGCAGGCCUCUUUCUUCUACGAUGGCAAACUAAACAGUGGGUUGGUACCGGUCAUCGUAUCCCUUUAAGCUUAAUAUAUCAAGAUACUUCUCCUUCAGAUUUAAACGUUGAUAUCUUGGUGAAAGGUGACCAGAUUCCGGAUCCAUGGCUGGGUAUUCAAAGAAUAUAUCGAAUUGCCGAAUUAGUAACUGCAGUCUACGGAAAGUUAUUAUACUAUAGCAUGAAUCUUGGUAAACCAGGUGCCACUUGUAGACUGCUUCAUCAUUUACCUUGUUGUUUAAAUUCUUGUAAUCCUGUAUCAUCUGGAAAGACAAAACUUAGUUGUUGUAUAUGCUCAAAAUAUACAUGCGAUCUGGCAGCUAUACUCGAGUUCACUUGUUUAAGAGAAGAUCAGUUUAUUAAACUGUCUUAUGAUAAUUCAGUUUACCAAUCUCCUUACUUUGUAGCAGUCGAUGAUUUUAGUAAAUGUAUUGUUAUCUCUAUCCGUGGUACUUUGUCGUUUGAUGACACUAUAGUCGACUUGCUGUACGAUGGUGUACGAUUGAGUGAAGUUGAAGAUUUUGUCGAAUCAAAAACGGGUAGACGACCAUGUUUUAUUGGACAUCGUGGUAUGGUAGAACGAUCAAGACAUUUAUACAGUUGUUUACUAACCGAUCAUUCUAUUGAAACGGCAUUUAGUAAAAAACCACAAUAUAAAUUAGUGGUAUGUGGUCAUAGUCUGGGUGCUGGCAUUGCAUCUUUUCUUUCGGUCAUCCUACACUGUAAAUAUCCUGAUGUGAAAGGUUAUGCUUUCAGUGCACCUUUGGGUAUGAUGAAUCAAGAACUAGCCGACUAUUGUAAACCUUUUCUACUAUCCAUCAUCUAUGGAUACGACAUUUUCGCACGUAUGAAUAAAUCAACGAUAUCGGAUUUCAAGUGGAGACUAAUUGAUGCUUUAUCUGCUUGUAAAGUACCCAAGCAUCGUCUUUUAAGUCGGGGAUUAUUUGUAUGCAUGCGCCGCUGUUUGUUUAAAUGGUGUUUACCUCAAUGUUUCCAACCAGAAUCUUCAACAACUGUUGGUAGUGAUACUCUACUACUGGAUGCAAGCACUCAAGAGCGUUUAAUUUACUCCCUUCCACAAAUUCCAUGUGAUAAUGACGAAAUGCGAAUUCGGUUCUCAGUAGAUGAUGAUACUUCCAAUUCAGAUUCCACGAGUGCUUAUUGUACUGCACGAUCCAGUCGUUUUCGUCCUGGUCCACGUUCAAUUUUGUGCUGGAUCAAUCCUAGUAGUCUUCCAACAGAUUCCCAAUCUAAAAUGCCUGUUUCACAUGUUCAAUAUCCAAACAAUAACAAUAUUGAAAUAAAUUCGUGCUCUUCUAAUGAAAUUCAGUCGCGUGAUCUUGAAUCAUAUGAUCUAUCUAACAGUGUGUUUGGUGGUUUAGUGCUUCAUUUAGUUGAUGUUAAGGUUGAUACAGUUGUCGAUGACAGUUCUACUGGUUUCGUGAUAGAUCGAAAUAAUUCUCAAGGAAAUAUCGAAUGCACUUCACCAAAUUGUAGUUCUAGAGUGGAAAAGAUGUUUUCAGCCAAGUCUGAUAAAAUGGGUGCAUGUUGUGUUAAACCUCGUAAAUUGGGGAAAACGAUAGUUGGUGUCUGGUCGAACCCACAACAAUUUCAAACGAUUUUAAUCCACCCGAAAAUGUUAAGUCAUCAUUUACCAGAUCGAAUUUUGGAAGCAGUAAGUUGCCUACAUCAAGAGUUACUUUCGGAAUCAGCAAACUCUUUAGAUAAUAAUGAUAUCCUAAACAGUUUAAAAUCAUCCGGUUAUAUACGAAAGUUGAAAAAUACUUCUUAAUGUUGUCGUGUUUUACCCCCAUUAUCAUUCCAGCAAGCGAAAUUAUUCAUUUUUACUGUCAUUCGAUUCAAAUAUGUACCAUCCACUAAUAUCAUUCUUUGACACCCGUUUAAUUUCAUUCCAUUUUUUGAUUUUAGUAUUGUAAAUCUAUAGUUUUUACUCUUUUGGGUUACCUUCAUGUAAUGCUUCUAUGAACCAUAUAUUUUUCACUGGUACGUUGUAUGCAAAUAACGUUUCUCUUUUUCUCAUCUGUAACAUAACUGAAAUCAAACUGAAAAGAUAUCUUAGCAAGAAAAGCAUCAAGAGUAGGUUCAUUUUUUGUCUCAAAACUUAUUGUGAAUAUGUGCAAAAUUUGUUUUUCAUCCACUUAAAAAUAUGGAUUAUUUUUGGAGUCCCGAGCUUUAGGUGCUUGUUUGAAGAGUUCUAAACAUGCCAACCCUUCAAAAUCUCUUCAACUGCUUCUACAAACACUUUUUUCAAGCCUAAUGAAUAAUACGUCUUUUUAUCUUAUUUGUUUUAUGAAAGUCUUUUUUAUUCACUUUUUGCAUCCGUGUCUUUUCAUUUACGAAAAUCAUCGUUAUUAUCCGUAUGUUAGCAAGUAUUUGAAGCCUACGAAUUUCCUAAGUGAUUUAUUACCUUAUAGCGUAGUUGGCUGGUAGUAUUUGUUUUCCCUUGAAACUUCUUAACAGACGCUUAUUUCAAUUUAAGUGACAGGUAAAUCAUACUCAUUAGUAAUAAUUUGUAUAAACACAUUAUGCAUAGCUGUGAUUUUGACUAGUCUUUCGGGGAUCAUACACGGACAGCUCAUCUGUUUCUCUUAUUUCACGGUAACAAUUAUUAAUUAUUGUACUUACCAGUCUGUUUUUAAAUGGCGAGUCUUUGCUCUCCUCUUAAAGUACUUUAAUUAUGUACUAGUUUUUUUAUCAUUCGUGAACAUACAUAUAUUUUUUGUUCAGUUUAAUAUUAAAACUGAUUGAUUUUAUAUCACUUUUUAUAAAGAAGAUUGUUAAUGUCCUUGACUAUAUUUUAUUUCAGGUCACAAUCUCUCCUUCGUUUUAAAUAGUUUUCG